AUGGCCGCCCACCCGCUCGGGAACAUUUUCAACUUCGGCGGCGCGGACACCUCGUCGGUGCGCAACAAUACAACCACCGCCGCCGCCGCCACCCCGCUCGCCACAACCUUAGCACCGACCGCCUUCGAUUCCGUUGCGGUUUCACUGGCGAGCUUUCUAAAUUUGUACUACACGCCGCUCCUGGUCGUGCUGGGCUCCAUCGGCAACCUGCUAUCCGUGUUCGUGUUCUACCGGAGCAAACUGCGCCUGCAAUCGACCAGCCAAUACCUCACCGCUCUGGCGCUCUCCGACACGCUGUUCCUGCUGCAGCUGCUCCCGCCAUGGCUGAACGCGGUCCACAGCAGCGGCCUGUUCCACCGGUACGGCUUCUGCCAAAUAUUCGUGUACGUCUCGUACGUGACGUGCUCGUUCAGCGCGUGGCUCGUGGUUGCGUUCACCGUGGAGCGCUUCGUCGCCGUCCUCUACCCGCUGCGCCGCAACGCCGUGUGCACCCUGCAACGCGCCCGCCACGUCAUCACCGGCGUCGCCGUGGCCUCUCUGCUCCUCAACGUGCCCGUGCUCCGAUUCGCUGUUCCGACCACUAAUGACUGCAACAUCGACCAUGAAUAUCUUGUGCAUGCCGCACGCUUCAACCUGGUCGACACUGCGGUAUCCUUCACGGUCCCCCUUGCAGUCAUUAUCGUCCUCAACACCUGGAUCACGAUCGGCGUGUGCCGCCUGGAGCGCGCGCGGCAGCAGCUCAUCAAAGCGGAGCAGCAACUCGAGGUGCUGGGAAGUCGGGUACGACCCAUACGCCAGCUCGGCUGUCCGCGCUCCCAACAUCGCGUCACCAGAAUGCUCCUCAUCGUCUCCUCGGUCUUCGUAUGCUUCAACUUGCCUGCUUACACGAUGCGAAUCAUUGCCUACGCCUACGACAUGUUAACUGUUGAGUGGGCUAUAGCGUGUUCGGGCGAGUGGCGAGGCGUCGGCGGCGUGGCACCUGUUGCCGGCCCGCGUGCUCAGCGCCUGGCCACCGCACCGCCAACCCUGCCUUGGCGAACACUGUUCAAGUGUCCCUCUGAUUGCCCACCACCGUCCGCGCGCGGCGCCUAUUCUCCAUGCGAUAGUUGGAAAGGCGAUCGCGACAGCGGCGGCCGUUGGGCGGCCCUCCAGCAGGUGGCGCUCAUGUUCUUCAACACCAACUUCGGGAUCAACUUCAUCCUGUACUGCCUGAGCGGGCAGAACUUCCGGCGCGCCCUCGUGCACACCAUUCCGCGGCUGCCGCGCAGGGCCCGCCGGGCGAUGGCGAUGCGCCGCGCCGCCUCCUCGGACCCCACGCGACGCCCGAGCACCGCCUCAAGUAAGUCCACUCUACUCUACUCUACUCCACUCCACUCUACUCUUCGU